AUAGGACUGUUUUAAACACUUAAAGAUUAAAUUCACAUAGUUAACUUGUCUGUCAGUGAUGUGUAUUUGUGAUCAUAUGUUAUACUUAAUAUAAAAUCGCAGAAUGAAAGUGAAUGUUGAUUUGGAAAAUGAAAGAGCUAAGUGCGAUUUUAAUGUGGAGGAGUUAACUAAUUAUUUGGACGAAGGAGCAGAUGAGACCAGAAAUAGAAAAUAUAUAGAAAACAAGGUGUUAAGCGUUGAAGGUAUACUAGAUAAAGUUCCCGAAGAGUAUCUUAGUUAUAAAGAUAGAUACGAAAAUGCAAUUCGUAAAUCAGUUCUCUUAUUCAAAGUUCUUAGGGAGAUACAGGAUUCUAAACAAACACAAAUGGAAAAAGUAAGGUCGUCGUUUAGACAUACAGUACAGACAGCGGUGUUCAAAGACAACAGUCCAUUUUCUGUCCACUUGUCUAUGUUCAUACCAGCCAUUUUGGGACAAUGUAAUGAUGUGCAAAGAGAGUAUUGGUUGCCGAAAGCUCAGAAUAUGGAGAUAAUCGGUACAUACGCUCAGACUGAACUCGGGCAUGGCACUUUUAUCCGAGGUUUGGAGACUACAGCUACAUAUGACCCUGUCACUGAAGAGUUCAUAUUGCACAGCCCGACGCUAACUUCAUAUAAAUGGUGGCCAGGAAAUUUGGGACACACAGUGAAUUACUGCGUUGUUAUGGCUCAGCUAUACUCCAAUGGCAAGCAUUGCGGCAUCCAGCCAUUCAUGGUGCAGUUAAGAGAUGAAGAAACUCAUGAACCACUGAAAGGAAUAAAAUUGGGAGAGAUCGGAGUUAAACUGGGGCUAAAUACGGUCAACAACGGGUUUUUGGGCUUCCACCAACAUAGGAUACCCAGGGAUAGGAUGCUUAUGAAGAAUGCUCAAGUUUUAAGGGAUGGCACUUUCAUAGCUUCGCCGAACAGCAAGCUGACCUACGGAACCAUGGUGUUUGUAAGAGUCUGCAUCGUGAACAACAUGGCUAACCAGUUGGCUAAGGCGGUCACCAUCGCAGUCAGGUACUCUGCAAUCAGGAGACAGUCUCAGCUAAAACCCCAUGAGCCUGAACCUCAAAUCUUGGACUACGUGACUCAGCAGCACAAACUCUUCAUCGCCAUAGCUUCCAGUCACGCCUUCUCAUCUGCUGCUAAGUGGUUGUGGAAUAUGUUUGAUAAGGUCAACAAGGAACUGGCUCAAGGGAAGCUGGAUAAUUUGGCAGAGUUACAUUCUGUAGCAUGCUGCCUGAAAGUGAUCAGUAGCUCUGACGCCGCGGUCAUGGUGGAAAGGUGCCGUUUAGCCUGCGGUGGUCACGGGUACAUGCUGUCGUCCAAUCUGCCCCAAAUAUACGGCGUGGUCACACCAGCCAGCACGUAUGAAGGAGAAAAUACGGUGCUUCUUUUGCAGACAGCCAGAGCUCUAGUCAAGGCAUGGAAGCAAUCCUCCAAAGGAGAAGUAGUGGCGCCUACCAUGAAAUAUUUGGUUGAAAAGAAACCAUUACAAAAAUGGAACAAUGAUAUUGACGGCAUUAUAGAAGGAUUCCGAAGGGUUGCUGCACGGAAAUUAGCGGCGGCCGUCGGCAGCGUUGAGAAGCAUGUUGGAGCUGGGUUUUCCCAAGAAGAGGCAUGGAAUAAGGCUUCCGUCCAGUUGAUUGCAGUUUCUGAGGCUCAUGGUCGGGUGAUAAUAAUGUCUGCCUUCAAAGCAGAGGUAGAGAGAACAGCCUCGUCUUUAUCAGCUCCUGUCAGAAGGGUUCUAGAGCAACUGGUGGAGCUGUACGUCCUAUACUGGACUUUGGAGAAGCUGGGAGAUUUACUAUUGUUUACAGGAAUAUCAGAGACAGACGUUCACGAGAUCCAGCAGAGAUACGAAGAUCUUCUAGAGAAGAUACGGCCCAAUGCUGUCGGCCUGGUCGACGCUUACGAUUUCAGAGACGAGAUUCUCAAUUCAGCCCUGGGUUCAUACGACGGUCGUGUGUAUGAGAGACUGAUGGAAGAGGCUCUGAAGAGCCCGUUAAACGCGCAGCCCGUCAACGAUAGCUUCCACAAGUAUCUCAAGCCCUUCAUGCAGGGGAAGUUGUGAUGGGGGAUGCAUACGUUAAUACUCUAUUCAGGAAUCAGAAUAAAAAAUGUUAUAAUA